AAAGAUACAUCUGAGCUACAAGUCGUUUAACGCCGGCGAAUUAGACGAACCCUUAAAAUGACUCUUUCUUUCUAUGUUAUCAAACUACGUCGUUAGGAGAACUUUGGCCGUGCGUGAGGGAGUGUCCGAAGAACCCAAGCGGAACCGGAAAACUCAUAGCGAAGCAAAGCAGCGGGUGAAGAAGAUUAAUCAAAUGAAUCCUCAACUCUGGCACAAAGUUGCUGCGCUCUCUGGAAUGGCAGCUCUUGGUUUGGGCACGUAUGGUGCUCAUGGCUUCAAGCCCAAAAACCCAACUUACAAAGAGGUCUGGCAAACAGCUUCUCUUUACCAUUUGGUUCACACUGCUGCUUUGGUUGCUGCCCCAAUUACCAAGCACCCGAACAUUUUUGGAGGCCUUUUGACAACUGGAAUUCUUGCAUUCUCUGGAACGUGUUAUACUGUAGCAUUCCUCGAGGACAGAAAGUAUUCUACCUUAGCUCCAUUUGGUGGCUUUGCAUUUAUUGCUGCUUGGGCAAGCUUGCUUUUCUAAGGAUUCAAAGUUCCUUAGAUGGUACCAUCGCUUAAGAUGCUGCACUUAUGAUUUCAUGCGUCUCUGAGAUCUUGGAGAACAUAACUCCCACAUGCACUUUAGUUACUGUUGAACUUUUUUGUCAUAUACCUCCUUCCUGAUUGUCCUGUCAAUGUUUGUUGAUGUAAAGAUCAAUGUACUUAUUCUGCUACUCAGUUUCUAUUUCGGACAAAGAUCCAGUGCAAUACCCCUAUCCUAUUGCAUUUGCAUAGAUCCUUAUCCUUCUAUUUCAUAUCUUGUACUUGGGAUAUUGGAAAUAUAUAAUAAAUAGAUAGUACGUUUCUCAGUUUCUGCAUAA